AUGGCUACCGAUAUGGCCACAACAAACCAGCCGAAGGUGAGCUUCGCAGAACCGAGACCCUUUAGCUCCCAACUCAAAGCUGAUGUGAUGGAAGCACUCUUUCCCGACGACCCCUUUCAUGGCUUCGGGGAGUUGAACGCAUGUGGGAAAAUCAAGAGAGGUGUGCAGUACUUCGUUCCGAUCUUUGGGUGGUUCCCUACGUAUAAUCUCAAAACAUUCGUAUCCGAUCUCGUCGCCGGAAUCACCAUUACUAGUCUUGCUAUCCCCCAAGGAAUUAGCUAUGCUGGACUCGCAGGCGUGCCACCCCUCGUUGGCCUGUAUACGAGCUUUGUUCCGCCUAUGAUUUAUGCAGUUAUGGGGGACUCCAAGUACCUUGCCGUGGGAAAUGUGGCGUCGGCCAAUUUACUUAUCAAAGAUAUUCUCACUCAAGUAGUGGACUUUGAUACAGAGUACACUAAGUUUGUUCAUCUGGUUUUCACAACAACUUUUGUCACAGGCAUCAUGCAGCUAAUAAUGGGUUUUCUAAGAUUGGGGAUUUUAGUAGAUUUCUUAUCACAUUCUACCAUCACUGGUUUUAUGGCUGGGAGUGCAACUAUAGUUUGCUUGCAACAAUUUAAGGGAAUAUUAGGGUUGAAGCGGUUUACAGGCAAAACCGACAUCUUUUCUGUUGUGAAAUGUAUUAUCGACAUGAGAAAAGAGUGGUGUUGGGAGCCUGCGGUUCUUGGUGCCUGCUUCGUCGCUUUCCUUGAAAUAACAAGAAAAAUUAAGGAGAUAAACCCCAGGAAGCUAUUUUUGGUACAAGCCGUCGGUCCACUGGUGGUGGUUCUAGUUGGCUGCUGUCUUGCUUAUUUUUUCGAAAUUGAUAAGAAACAUAAUAUAGCCAUUGUUGGAGAGUUGAAGAGAGGACUCAAUCCUAUUACCGCUCAACAUUUGAUCUUUGACAUGAAAUAUUUUCCAUAUGCUUUCAAAGCUGGGACUGUUACUGGCAUUAUUGCCCUGGCUGAAGCAAUAGCCAUUGGAAGGAGCUUUGGCUUACAGCACAAUGAAAAUAUUGAUGGGAAUAGGGAAAUGGUAGCUUUGGGAUUCAUGAACACAAUAGGAUCUAUGACUUCUUGUCACUUGUCUACGGGACCAUUUUCAAAGACUGCGGUGAAUUACAACGCGGGAUGCAAGACGCAAAUGGCGAAUGCUGUCCAGUCAAUGUGUAUGCUGUUGGUGAUUUUGGUCUUGGCUCCUAUAUUUGGUUACACCCCUACUGUUGCCCUAUCUUCCAUUAUCAUCUGCGCCAUGAUUCAUAUCAUCGAUUACAAUAAAGCUACUGCACUGUGGAAGGUUGACAAGUUCGACUGUUUAAUCUGCGUGUCUUGCUUCUUUGCUGUGGUCCUCCGAAGCAUGCUUUUUGGUCUUGUUUUCUCAGUCGCACUUGGUCUCAUGAGAUCACUGCUGUAUGUGGCUAGGCCUGGCACUUGUAAGCUUGGCAAAGUGAACCUAUCAGACAUGUCUUUGUAUCGUGACGCCACCCAGUAUCCAGAAGGAACAAGACAUAAAGGUAUCCUUGUCCUCCAAAUUGGCUCCCCCAUGUACUGUGCAAAUGGCAACUACAUUCGAGAGAGGAUUCUGAGAUGGAUUCGUGAUGAGCAAAACAGUACCAGAGAUGUUAUUGAGCACGUCUUGCUCGAGUUAUCCGGAGUCCUCACCAUUGAUCAACCUAGCCUUUCAACACUGGACGAGAUACGUAAAACCCUAGCUGUAAAGGGCAUUAAGAUGGGACUAAUUAACCCGAGAGUGAAGGUGAUGGAGAAGAUGAUAUUAUCAAAUGUGUUAGACAAGAUCGGGAAGGAGAAUGUGUACUUGACCGUGGAGGAUGCAGUCGAAUCGUGCAGGUUCGCGCUUGACAGGUCGACUGAAGACAGUGGUUCAUCACCUCAUCUUUCUGAUGAUGUUUAA